CAUGGCACAAUGGAAUCAGCUGCAGCAGCUUGACACACGGUACCUGGAGCAGCUUCAUCAGCUGUACAGUGACAGCUUCCCAAUGGAGCUACGGCAGUUUCUGGCCCCUUGGAUUGAGAGUCAAGAUUGGGCAUAUGCUGCCAGCAAAGAAUCACAUGCCACUUUGGUGUUUCAUAAUCUCUUGGGUGAGAUUGACCAGCAGUAUAGCCGCUUCCUACAAGAGUCAAAUGUUCUCUAUCAGCACAAUCUGCGAAGAAUCAAGCAGUUCCUUCAGAGCAGAUAUCUUGAGAAGCCAAUGGAGAUUGCUCGAAUUGUGGCCCGGUGCCUGUGGGAAGAGUCCCGCCUCCUCCAAACUGCAGCCACUGCAGCCCAGCAAGGGGGCCAGGCCAACCACCCCACAGCUGCUGUGGUGACGGAGAAGCAGCAGAUGCUGGAGCAGCACCUACAGGAUGUUCGGAAGAGAGUACAGGAUCUAGAACAGAAAAUGAAAGUGGUAGAGAAUCUCCAGGAUGACUUUGAUUUCAACUAUAAAACCCUCAAGAGUCAAGGAGACAUGCAAGAUCUGAAUGGAAACAACCAGUCAGUGACCCGGCAGAAGAUGCAGCAGCUAGAACAGAUGCUUACAGCACUGGACCAGAUGCGAAGGAGCAUCGUGAGUGAGUUGGCAGGGCUUUUGUCCGCAAUGGAGUACGUGCAGAAAACUCUCACGGAUGAAGAGCUGGCUGACUGGAAGAGGAGGCAACAGAUCGCUUGCAUUGGAGGCCCUCCCAACAUUUGCCUAGAUCGUCUAGAAAACUGGAUAACCUCAUUAGCAGAAUCUCAACUUCAGACCCGCCAACAAAUAAAGAAACUAGAGGAGUUGCAGCAGAAAGUUUCCUACAAAGGGGACCCCAUUGUACAGCACCGGCCAAUGCUGGAGGAGAGAAUUGUGGAGCUGUUUAGAAACUUAAUGAAAAGUGCCUUUGUGGUGGAGCGGCAGCCCUGCAUGCCCAUGCAUCCCGACCGACCCUUGGUCAUCAAGACUGGUGUCCAGUUCACUACUAAAGUCAGGUUGUUGGUCAAAUUCCCUGAGUUAAAUUAUCAGCUUAAAAUUAAAGUAUGCAUUGACAAAGACUCUGGGGAUGUUGCAGCUCUCAGAGGAUCCCGGAAAUUUAACAUUCUGGGCACAAACACGAAAGUGAUGAACAUGGAAGAGUCCAACAAUGGCAGCCUCUCUGCAGAAUUCAAACACUUGACCCUCAGGGAGCAAAGAUGUGGAAAUGGAGGUCGAGCCAAUUGUGACGCCUCCCUGAUUGUGACUGAGGAGCUGCACUUGAUCACUUUUGAGACAGAGGUGUAUCACCAAGGCCUCAAGAUUGAUCUGGAGACCCACUCCUUGCCGGUCGUGGUGAUCUCCAACAUUUGCCAGAUGCCCAAUGCCUGGGCCUCAAUCCUGUGGUAUAACAUGCUGACCAACAACCCCAAGAACGUGAACUUUUUCACCAAGCCCCCGAUUGGAACCUGGGAUCAAGUGGCCGAGGUGCUGAGCUGGCAGUUCUCUUCCACUACAAAGCGAGGGCUAAGCAUUGAGCAGCUGACUACACUGGCUGAGAAGCUCUUAGGACCUGGUGUGAACUAUUCGGGGUGUCAGAUCACAUGGGCUAAAUUUUGCAAAGAAAACAUGGCUGGCAAGGGCUUCUCCUUCUGGGUCUGGCUGGACAAUAUUAUUGACCUUGUGAAAAAGUAUAUCCUGGCUCUUUGGAAUGAAGGGUACAUAAUGGGCUUCAUCAGUAAGGAGAGGGAGCGGGCCAUCUUGAGCACCAAGCCUCCAGGCACCUUCUUGCUACGAUUCAGUGAAAGCAGCAAAGAAGGAGGAGUCACCUUCACCUGGGUGGAGAAGGACAUCAGUGGUAAGACCCAGAUCCAGUCUGUAGAACCAUAUACCAAGCAGCAGCUGAACAACAUGUCAUUUGCUGAAAUCAUCAUGGGCUAUAAGAUCAUGGAUGCCACCAACAUCCUGGUGUCUCCGCUGGUCUAUCUCUACCCCGACAUUCCUAAGGAGGAAGCUUUUGGAAAGUAUUGUCGGCCAGAGAGCCAGGAACACCCUGAAGCUGACCCAGGUAGUGCUGCCCCAUACCUGAAGACCAAGUUUAUCUGUGUAACGCCAACGACCUGCAGCAAUACCAUUGACCUGCCGAUGUCCCCCCGCACUUUAGAUUCAUUGAUGCAGUUUGGAAAUAAUGGUGAAGGUGCUGAGCCCUCAGCAGGAGGGCAGUUUGAGUCCCUCACGUUCGACAUGGACUUGACCUCGGAGUGUGCUACCUCUCCGAUGUGAGGAGCCGAGAACGCCCGCUGCAGAGGGAUGUGACUGAGGCACCGACCCCAUUCCACCGCCCCUUACACAGCCAAACCCCAGAGCACCUGAAACUCCUAACUGUGUGGUUCCAGAUUUUUUAACUCCCACUUUUGCUGUCUUGGGCAAUCUGGGCACUUUUUUAAAUAGAGAAAUGAGUGAACGUAGGUGAUGAGCUUUUAUCUAAAAGCAAAUGUGUUCUCUGAGACUAAUCAGAGGAUGUGGAAGGGGUGGCAAGAAGGAGAAGAAGGAAAUGUCUCAUAUUUUCUGUUGUUCCCCAUUCUCCUCUUUCAGUAGCUUUUAAUUUCUUUUUCUGCUAGACAAGUGCCUCCUGGUGCCAGCAGCAUCCCUCUGCCUGACUUUGUAAACUAAUGCCACAGGCUGCCUCUAGCUACAUACUCCUGGCAUUGCACUUUUAACCUUGCUAAUGUCCAGGUAGAAAGUAGAAUUGUCAAAGCCCAUAGGUUUCUUUAAAAAAAAAAAAAAAAAUUAAAGGGCAAAAGAUAAAACCCUGUAUCAGCAUAGCCUUUUCUGUAUUUAAGAAUACUCAGUUAAUAGCCACCCUGGUGCUUUAAGCAUUCUCCUUUCUUCAGGCUGAUAAUUUAUAUAAACCUUGAAAUGGACUUCAGAUGAAACCUUUAAAAGACAUCUGAAGCUGUGGCUUGGCCUUUGGUUCUAAGACAAGAAGGUUUAAGGAGAACGUAAAUAUUUUAGGCUUUUUUUAUAAACAAGAUUUUUCUUUUUCCCCUUUAAUGCAUUGGCCUAUUUAGUGGGUAAGGCUGAGCAGGCGAGUGCUUAAAACCUUUACCCCAGAAUUUAGCUCCUGUUUCAGAGCCUGGGUGUUUCUGGGGGUGCCUUAUAAGGGCUAGGAUGAUUCUUCCCUUCUACAGGUCCACCUGACCCUCCCAGUGGUUUGUCGGCUUCCCAUGGCUCAAGUCUCUCGUCCUGCUUGCUCUAGGAUCCUGGUCUCAGGACCUCAUGGAAUAAGAAGCAGAGAGUUACAGGUUAAACAUGACUCAGACUGUGGGGCUCCAGCAAAGUGUCUUGUUGAGCUCAGGGAAUAUGGUUCUUGCCCCACGUUCUUACUGAUUUCCAGAGCACCUUAAUCACUUCUUCACUUGGUUAACCGCGGGGCAAAGGCUUACUGAUAAACCAGAGGUCUGUUCCCUGUUUGUAUACCCUGGCCUCCCUCCAAGUCUGGUGAUUUGUCUUCUCACCACUGGGGCCCCAUGUAUGAGGCAGAACAGCUAGUGCCUGAACCUCUUAUGGCGUUCUGUGUCUGCCCACCUGCCAUCAGUCAACUGAGUUUCGCUGUGCAUUUUGGAAUACUUACCAGUGUUCUGGGUGAUGGACCCAGAUAUUUGGGCCUCCUCUGCCCCAGAGUUAUGGCUGGAUUUGGUGGCUGAAAGCCAUCUUGUCUCAGUUAACCUGAGCUUCUUUGGAAUUCUAUUCAUUAUACCCAAGUUAAUUAGCUAGUUUUCUGAAUUAAGGGGGUGAGGACCUUUUCUCCAAGACAAACAUGGUGUCCCUCCUGACCAUUCCUAUCUUGCUGCCUAGAAAAAGUUGAUGUAUAGUACAAAGCUCUCCCUUCUCUAGCAACACUCUAGUUCUUAAGCUUACCUCAUAAGCUGAGAGAAUAUUUAGAAAGGUGAGACUUGGGCUUUCCAUUGGGUUUAUGUCAUAGGGACCUAGGGAAAGGAUGUGGAAUUCUCUGGAGCAGAUAUUGUAAAGUUCAUGGCUUUAGGUAGCAUAUGCAUGUUUUUAACUCUGAUUAUAGCUGAAGUCCUGAGAGGAGCUGAGGCUUGUUCUGGCCCCUCCCUCAGAGAACAGAGUCCCCCAGGACCUGCCUGCUUUCCACCGUUGCCCUCCCAUCCCCAAGCCAGCCAAGAGAUUCCCAUGGAUCACUUAACCCAUCUACAGUGGUUUUUAAGCUGCUGUCCUGGGCACUGCAUUCAAAUUCCAAUGUAUACUUCAUACUGUAAAAAUUUAUAUUAUUGUUUGUUUGUUUUUGUAUAUUGCUGUAUCUACUUUAAUUUCCAGAAAUAAAAGUUACAUAGGAACCAUCUGA